AUGGCAUCAGUACCAGUUUACUGCCUGUGCCGUCUUCCGUAUGAUGUGACACGUUUUAUGAUUGAGUGCGACAUUUGCCAAGACUGGUUUCAUGGAAGCUGUGUUGGAGUUGAAGAGGAAAAUGCUGCAGAAAUUGACCUUUAUCAUUGUCCAAAUUGUCAAGUUGCUCAUGGACCCUCUGUUAUGCGUAAGCGCCGUGGAGGAAAUAAAGUUUCCGAUGCAGGUCCAGUUGGGGUCAGAGAUCCAAGUCGACCUGUGAAAACAGGGAGUGCUCAGUUUGUCAGAGAGCUACGGAGCCGCACAUUUCCAAACGCGGAUGAGGUCUUGCUGAAACCCACUGGUGCCCAGCUCACAGUUGAAUUUCUUGAAGAACACUCCUUUAGUGUUCCUGUUAUGGUGCUUCGAAGGGAUGGUCUUGGAAUGACUUUGCCUCCAUCUUCAUUUACAGUCAGCGAUGUAGAAAACUACAUUGGCUCAGACAAGGAGAUUGAUGUGAUUGACGUGGCUCGCCAGUGUGACUUAAAGAUGCGUUUAGGGGAAUUUGUUGAAUAUUACAACAGUCCCAAUAGAGACAAAGUGCUUAAUGUAAUUAGCCUGGAGUUUUCCGAAACCAGACUUUCAAAUUUGGUGGAGACUCCUAAGAUUGUUCGAAAACUGUCAUGGGUUGAAAACCUCUGGCCAGAAGAGUCUGUUUUUGAACGUCCUAAUGUACAAAAGUACUGUUUAAUGGGAGUCAAGGACAGCUACACAGACUUUCACAUUGACUUUGGAGGCACUUCUGUGUGGUACCAUGUUCUUAGAGGGGAAAAGAUUUUCUACCUGAUCUCCCCCACACCAGCCAAUCUGGCACUUUUUGAAAGAUGGAGCUCUUCUUCUAAUCAAAAUGAAAUGUUCUUUGGAGACCAGGUGGAUAUGUGUUACAAAUGUUCACUGAAACAAGGAAACACAUUAUUCAUUCCAACAGGAUGGAUCCAUGCUGUCCUUACUCCAGUUGACUGUCUGGCUUUUGGAGGAAACUUUUUACAUAGCCUCAACAUUGACAUGCAACUACGAGCAUACGAAAUAGAGAAAAGGUUGAGCACAGCAGAACUAUUCAAAUUUCCCAAUUUUGAAACUGUAUGCUGGUAUGUUGGAAAGCAUCUUUUGGACACUUUUAGAGGUUUAAGAGAAAAUCGCAGACAUCCUGCUUCUUACCUCGUCCACGGAGCAAAAGCACUAAAUAAUGGUUUCCGCAGCUGGACCCGCAAAGAAGCAUUAACAGAGCAUGAAAUGGAGAUUCCUGAAAAUAUCAACACUCAGUUGCUGGUAAAGGAUCUGGCAAAAGAAAUCCGUCUGGUAGAGGACAUCUUUCAGCAAAACAUUGGUCGCACAGGGCCACAAUAUCCUGGGUCACCACUUACAAAAGCCCCUCUCGCCGCAUCCCUGAAUUUAGGGCGACCAUCUGCAAAGAAGAAGGGUCCCAAAUCAAAAGAAGUUAUGGGUGCUCCACCCCAAGCUGGAGUCAAGAAAAAAAGUCAGAAAGCAGCUGUGAAAGUGGAACCUGGCGAUAUUGAUCUCCUUGAGAUUCAUACAAAACACACGCUGAAGAAAUUUCAAACUGCCAAAUCUAAAGGCAAAAACAAGUUUGACCUGCCAUUGAAUGAAUUUGAAGGGAAAUUUAAUAAAAGCAAAUUGAAGCUUGUGUUAACGAAUGGAAAGAUCCAAGGAAAGAAAGAUGGUGGUAGCAAUGGAGCAGUAUCAACCAGUAGCUAUCAACAGUUUGAGAUGGAAGGAUCCAGUGCCUCUGACUUUGAAUCUGAGGAUGAGCUGCAAAUUGAUGAGACACCUCCUCCAAGACGAAAGCAAGCAGCAUCCAGCAAGAAGAAGAAACUCAGUGGUCUACCAAGAAAGCUGCCAAGAGCAAAACCUUGUUCGGAUCCCAAUCGCAUUCGAGAGCCAGGAGAAGUUGACUUUGAUAUUGAAGAGGAUUAUACCACUGAUGAAGAGACCCUAACAGCUCAUGGAGUGAAGGGGGGUGCAGGAGGAAUUCUUGAUUUACUCAAAGCCAGUAAACAGGUAGCAGGCUUGGACCCAGCACUUGGUGAAGAAGCACCGGCCUCCCCCAGCACCUGUGAUGCCAUUCAAGGCAUGCUUUCUAUGGCAAAUCCUCCCUCAUCAUCAUCUUCUUCAUCUUCUUCAUCACCGUUAUCUAUUUCUGGAGGAUUGACGGAGGGACUGGGCAUGGUAAAGGACAAAGGAGGCAAAUCUGUGUGGGUGACUCCUGCUGGGGUCAAAAAGCCUGAGAAGAAGCCCAUCAUUCAGAGACCUGGAAAGCGGGCCAUCAAAAGACCAGCACGUCACUUGAGUGAUGAAGAGAGUCCUGAUGAACAGGAGACACUAGGAACCUGUUUUAAGGACUCUGACUAUGUUUACCCUUCUUUGGAAUCAGACGAAGACGACCAUGUGAAUCGAGCAAAACAAAAAAGAAAAAAGAAUUGGGAUGAUACACCUUGGAGUCCCAAAGCACGUGUGAUGCCUACACUUCCAAAACAGGAACGACCAGCCAGAGAGGGUGCAAGGGUUGCUUCUGUUGAAACUGGUCUUGCAGCGGCCGCUGCAAAAUUGGCACAGCAAGAACAGCAAAAGCCUGCAAAGAGAAAGUACACCAAAAAGCCACGUCCACCACAACCUGUGGCUUCGCCUCCUCCUGUGCAAACAGAGCCAUCUGCACCGUCACCACCUCCCGUCACGGAAUCCCCUGAAGACUUUAGCCCUGACAGGAGGAUGGACUACUUCUCUGCUAGUCUACUUGACCAUGAAUAUACAGCAGGACCAGGUCCCUUUGGUCCUGGAGGGCCUCGAGGCAGCGGAGCAAUGGCUCCUGGCGUGUUCCUCACUUCUCGACGUCCUUCUCUUUCUCCACAAAACAGCAAUUCUCAUUCGGCUGCAUCUCCUGCAGCUUUAGCCAGCCAGGGCGUUGCUGGAGUUGGCCAAGGAAAACUUCACAGUACGGUCCUACUCGCGAGUGGAAGAUGGAGAAGCAAAUGUAACACGCAUUUUAGAUCAUCUGAAAAAUCUGCAAUGAAAGCUGAACCAAAUUUUCUAAGUUCCUUGACGGUGGAAGUGAAAGGCGUGACAAUGAAAGUAGACAGAAGUAAGCUAAAGAAGACUCCUACAGAAGCUCCGGCUGAUUGUAGGAUACUUAUUGAAAAGCUUAAGGCAUGUUGUGAUGAGCAACUCCUGGUUGAACUGCAACACAUCAAGACCUGGAAUAUUGGCAAGUGUGAGUUGUACCACUGGGUAGACCUCCUGGACCGAUUUGAUGGCAUCCUCUGUGAUGCAGGCCAGACAGUGGAGAAUAUGUCCUGGCUGUUGGUGUGUGAUCGUCCAGACAACAGUCAGCUCAAAGCUCUUCUUUUGGCAGUACUUAACUUCACUGCUCUGUUGAUCGAAUAUAGCUUUUCUAGGCACCUUUACAGUUCCAUAGAGCACUUAACUACCUUGUUAGCAUCAUGUGACAUGCAGGUGGUCCUAUCUGUGCUGAACCUACUGUAUGUGUUCAGUAAACGUUCAAACUACAUCACAAGACUAGGAUCUGAUAAAAGAACGCCACUAUUAGCUCGUCUACAACAUCUGGCAGAGAGCUGGGGUGGAAAGGAGAAUGGGUUUGGUCUGGCCGAAUGUUGCAGGGAUCUGACAAUGACGAAAUAUCCCCCCAGCGCUACCACACUACAUUUUGAAUUUUAUGCAGAGCCAGGCCCUGAGGUCAAAAUAGAGAGAAAGCAGACAAGUAGUAAUACACUACACUAUAUUCACAUCGAGCAGCUUGACAAGAUUUCUGAAAGUCCGUCUGAAAUUAUGGAGUCAUUGACAGCAAUGUAUAGCAUCCCUAAAGAUAAACAGACCCUACUGUUCACACACAUUCGACUAGCCCAUGGAUUUUCCAACCAUAAGAAACGGCUCCAAGCAGUGCAAGCCAGAUUACAUGCCAUUUCUAUACUAGUGUACUCAAACGCACUCCAAGAGUCCGCUAACAGUAUUCUGUAUAAUGGCCUGAUUGAAGAGCUGGUUGAUGUACUCCAAAUUACAGACAAACAGCUUGUGGAUAUCAAGGCCGCAUCUUUGCGAACUUUAACAUCCAUUGUUCAUCUGGAGAGGACUCCUAAGCUUUCAAAUAUCAUUGACUGUACUGGCACUGCUUCAUACCAUGGUUUUUUGCCUGUGCUGGUGCGCAACUGUAUACAGGCAAUGAUUGAUCCUCAAAUGGAACCAUACCCACACCAGUUUGCAACUGCACUCUUCUCCUUCCUGUAUCACUUGGCUAGUUAUGACGCUGGAGGGGAGGCACUUGUUUCUUGUGGUAUGAUGGAAGCUCUUCUGAAAGUCAUAAAGUUCCUUGGGGACGAGCAGGAUCAGAUCACCUUUGUAACGCGAGCUGUGCGGGUAGUUGACCUUAUUACCAACUUGGACAUGGCUGCCUUUCAGUCCCACAGCGGCCUUACCAUUUUCAUUUGCAGGCUAGAGCAUGAGGUAGACCUAUCACGAAAAGAGUGCCCUUUUGUCAUCAAGCCAAAGAUUCAUAGGCCCAAUUCUGCAGUGGAUGCAGAAGACAUGGACACUGACAUGGAAAUGUCAGAAGUUGCCAUGGAAAGCAGUCCUGGGCCAUCCACAACAUCUGGAUCAAGACCUGACAUGGACCAUCGUGUACAGAACAACGUUGUGAACACACGUGCAGGUAUGCAGUGUAUACCGCAGCGUGCUGCGCUAUUAAAAUCAAUGCUAAACUUUUUAAAGAAAGCCAUCCAGGACUCUACUUUCACUGAUGGUAUUCGCCACAUAAUGGAUGGGUCAUUGCCUACCUCACUCAAGCACAUCAUCAGUAAUGCAGAAUACUAUGGUCCAUCUCUCUUUCUAUUGGCAACGGAGGUGGUAACAGUGUUUGUGUUCCAAGAGCCAUCUCUACUUUCCUCUUUACAAGACAAUGGCCUCACAGAUGUUAUGCUACAUGCACUUCUCAUCAAAGAUGUACCAGCAACUCGUGAAGUUUUAGGGUCUCUUCCCAAUGUAUUCAGCGCUCUGUGCCUGAAUGCAAGAGGAUUGCACUCUUUUGUUCAGUGUCAGCCAUUUGAAAGGCUCUUCAAAGUGCUCUUGUCCCCUGACUACCUGCCUGCCAUGCGCCGGCGACGUAGCUCGGACCCUCUAGGUGACACUGCAUCUAACCUGGGAAGUGCUGUUGAUGAGCUUAUGAGGCACCAGCCCACACUGAAGACUGAUGCUACUACCGCCAUAAUUAAGUUACUAGAGGAGAUAUGUAACUUAGGUCGGGCCCCAGAGUACAUCUGCCAAAAACCUUCCAUUCAGAAAGCAGAUGGAACUGUGGCUGUACCUCCUGCCCGGUCCAGUCAUGCAGCUGAAGAAGCAUCCAGUGAAGAUGAGGAAGAGGAGGAGGCACUUCACACCUUUAGCCAACAACAGGGGGAGCCAGAGAGCAACAGACAGUCAGUGCCACUUGAACUGAUCGUGGGAACCGAGGAACGAAUUCCUAUUCCUCUUAUGGAUUACAUCUUAAAUGUGAUGAAGUUUGUUGAAUCAAUUCUGAGCAACAAUACAACUGAUGACCACUGCCAGGAGUUUGUUAACCAGAAGGGAUUGCUACCCCUGGUAUCAAUUCUUGGUUUACCUAACCUACCCAUAGACUUUCCCACAUCAGCUGCCUGUCAAGCAGUUGCUGGUGUCUGCAAGUCAAUUCUGACUCUUUCUCAUGAACCUAAGGUUCUGCAAGAGGGCUUGUGCCAACUGGAUAGUAUUUUGACAUCCUUGGAGCCCUUACAUCGACCAAUUGAGGUGCCUGGAGGAUCUGUGCUUCUCAGGGAGCUUGCUAAUGCUGGCCAUGUUACAGAUGCAACUCUGUCAGCUCGUGCAACUCCACUUUUACAUGCCCUGACUGCUGCACAUGCAUACAUCCUUAUGUUCGUCCAUACUUGCAGAGUUGGACAGAGUGAAAUCCGAGCCAUUUCUGUCAACCAGUGGGGCUCCCAGUUGGGCCUGAGUGUUCUCAACAAGCUCAGUCAGCUCUAUUGCUCUCUUGUAUGGGAAAGCACCGUUCUGCUGUCACUGUGCACACCCAACAGUCUGCCUCCAGGUUGUGAGUUUGGCCAGGCUGACAUGCAGAAACUUGUUCCCAAAGAGGAGAAACCAUCUUCCACUACUACCACAGCAAUGGCCUCUGCCUCUAAAAGAAAUGAAGCUGAAGCUCUUUCUGUGGACACUUCUGCUGGAGGAUUGCUGGAAGGAAUGGGCCUUGACGGAGAUGCAAUGGCUCCAAUGGAAACUGAUGAACCCACUACAUCAGAUCCUAAGACCAAAUCCAAACUUUCCCCAGCCAUGGCUACACGCAUCAAACAGAUAAAGCCUCUUCUGUCAGCUUCAUCUCGACUCGGAAGAGCUUUGGCUGAGCUGUUUGGUUUGCUUGUGAAACUGUGUGUGGGUUCUCCAGUGCGACAACGGCGUUCACAUCAUGCCAACAGCACAGGCACAACCCCAACCCCUGCAGCACGAGCCACUGCUUCUGCCCUCACAAAACUACUUACCAAGGGUCUUAGCUGGCAGCCUCCUCCAUACACGCCAACACCUCGAUUCCGGUUGACCUUUUUUAUUUGCUCUGUGGGAUUCACUUCUCCAAUGUUGUUUGACGAAAGGAAGUACCCUUAUCACCUCAUGUUACAAAAGUUUUUCUGUUCCGGUGGACACGAUGCUUUGUUUGAAACCUUUAACUGGGCCUUGACAAUGGGUGGUAAGGUGCCUGUGUCUGAGGGUCUGGAGCAUCUAGAAUUACCAGACGGGACCGGAGAAUUUUUGGACGCAUGGUUAAUGCUGGUAGAGAAGAUGGUGAACCCCAGCACAGUUCUGGAUUCUCCUCACUCACUGCCAGCUAAAAUGCCUGGAGUCACACCCACUAUGCCUCAGUUUAGUGCUCUUAGAUUUCUCAUAGUCACCCAAAAGGCUGCAUUCAACUGUAUCCGUAGUCUGUGGAACAGGAAGCCACUUAAAGUGUACGGAGGUCGGAUGGCAGAGUCAAUGUUGGCUAUACUCUGUCACAUCCUGAGAGGGGAGCCGGUAAUCCAGGAACGGCUUACUAAGGAGCGGGAGGGUACAGUUCGCCCUGAGGAGGAGGUUGCCUCCACAGGCUCUUCGGCUGGCAGUGCUGCCCCUGGAUCAAGCACAACAAGUGGAGAGGGCUCAGCACCAACAGGUUCCUCUACAGGAGCACCACCUGCAGGAACAGCAGAGGAUGCCACCAGCUCGGUUUCCCGCCGUGAGCCUCAGGUCAACCAGUCCCAGCUUACACAGCUUGUGGAUAUGGGUUUCUCAAGAGAACAUGGCAUGGAGGCUCUGUUGAACACCAGCACUAUGGAACAGGCUACAGAAUAUUUACUGACUCAUCCACCUCCUCUUCUUAGUGGCGCAGUUAGGGACCUUACGAUGUCUGAAGAGGACCAGAUGAUGAGGGCCAUUGCCAUGUCACUUGGUCAAGAGGUCAGCAUGGAGCAACGCUCCGAUUCUCCUGAGGAAGCAGCACGGCGCCGUGAAGAAGAGGAUCGAAGAGCCAGGGAGCGUGCGGAGGAAGAAGAAGCUCGUUGUUUGGAACGCUUUAUGGAAGCUGAGCCCCUGGACCCACAGGAACUACACACAUUCACUGACGCCAUGCUACCAGGCUGUUUCCACCUUCUAGAUGAACUCCCAGAUACUGUCUACAGACUCUGUGAUCUUCUCAUGACUGCGAUUAAGAGGAAUGGCCCAGAGUUUAGAGAUCUUUUUCUUGGUCAAGUUGUUCGCCAGGUUUGGGAUGCUGCUGAUGUUCUGAUCAAGGCUGCGGUGCCUCUCACCACCAGUGACACAAAGACUGUGUCGGAGUGGACCAGGCAGAUGGCUACACUGCCACAGGCCUCUAAAUUGGCUACACGUAUUUUGCUGCUGACUUUGCUUUUUGAGGAACUGAAACUAUUGUGUGCCAGAGUGGUAGAAAACAGUGGAGUUCUUGAUCUACUCAUCAAACUUCUAGAAGUGGUACAGCCAUGUCUGCAGGCAGCCAAAGAACAAAAAGACAUUCAAACGCCAAAGUGGAUUACGCCAGUCUUGUUGCUUAUAGAUUUCUAUGAGAAAAUGGCUGUCUCUUCUAAACGCAGAGCAGAAAUGAACAAGUACCUACAGCCUAAUGGCAACAACUGGCGGUGGUUUGAUGAUCGUUCAGGCCGUUGGUGCAGUUAUAGUGCAUCUAAUAACAGCACCAUAGAUUCUGCUUGGCGUACAGGGGAUACAAGUGUCCGUUUCACAGCCGGGAGACGCAGAUACACUGUACAGUUCAAUACCAUGGUGCAGGUGAAUGAAGAGACUGGCAACAGGAGACCUGUGAUGUUGACUGUCAUGAAGCUUCCCAGGCUUGCUAAGACUACAAAAGCAAAUAGCAUGACUGAUUCUGAGAAAGAGGAGGGAGAGAAGAGCAAACCUGAAGAAACAUUGACUGAGACGGACUCUUCUGUUGCACCUGUAGAGAUGGCUGCUCCUAAAUUGGAUGCAAAUCAAAUGAAAGACGCUCCCUCAGCACCUGUUUCACAAGAGCCUGAAUCGACUCAAAGCUCUGAUAUUGUUGUCCAGGGCCUGAGCGAGGACAUGACUACCAUCCUUAUUCGGGCUUGUGUCAGUAUGAUAAGCGUCCCUGUGGACCCGGACACUCUACAUGCCACACUGAGGCUCUGUCUGCGUCUUACUCGCAAUCACCAGUAUGCCAUGAUGUUUGCUGAAUUAAAGAGCACCCGAAUGAUUUUAGGCCUCACUCAGAGUUCUGGUUUCAACGGCUUCACUCCACUAGUAACACUUCUCUUCAGACACAUCAUAGAAGAUCCAGCUACACUCCGGCACACCAUGGAGAAGGUUGUUCGGUCAGCUGUGACGAGUGGGGCUGGGAGCACCACUUCUGGUGUAGUGUCAGGAAGUCUUGGAUCCAGGGAAAUAAACUACAUACUGCGUGUUUUGGGUCCAGCAGCAUGCCGCAAUCCUGAAUGUUUCAUUGAAACUGCGAGUAAUUGCGUCCGCAUAGCUUUACCUGCUCCUCGAGGGGCUGGCACAGCCUCUGAUGAUGAGUUUGAAAACUUGAGAAUUAGAGGACCAAAUGCAGUGCAGCUGGUUAAGACAACUCCAUUAAAAUUGUCCCCGUUGCCAUCUAUUCCGGAUACCAUCAAGGAGGUUCUUUAUGACAUGCUCAAUGCAUUGGCAGCUUACCAUGCUCCCGAAGAACCUGAGCGCCCAGAAGAGCGCGCAGUAGCUGUACAUGGCGGACAAGACCUUUGUCAAAUACUGCAGGAUGUUGGUGAUGAUGUGUACCAGCAGUACAGGCUCACACGACAAGGCAGUGAUUUUGACUCCCAGUCUGCAUUCCACAUUAAUACUCAAGUAUUUGCAGCUGAUGGUGCUGUGGCUGAGACCUCACAAACAGGAACACCACAAGGCGAAGCAAACUCCCCAGAGGAAAUGCGUGAGGAGAAAAAAGAACAAGAGGGAGAGAAAAACUGCUCAGAAGAGGGAAAGGCUGCCAAGGCAAAGGCUUCUAAGCCCCUAAUGCCAACUUCUACCAUUCUCAGAUUGCUGGCUGAACUUGUGCGCUCCUAUGUGGGAAUCGCCACAUUAAUUGCCUCAUACUGCUACACUGCUGGGCAAUCUGAGCUGAUUAAGGAGGAUUGCAGUGUUCUUGCAUUUGUGCUAGAUCAUUUACUUCCACAUACCCAGAAUGCAGAAGAUAAAGACACUCCGGCUCUCGCACGACUCUUUUUGGCUAGUUUGGCCGCUGCUGGCACAGGGACAGAUGCUCAGGUUGCUCUGGUCAAUGAGGUGAAGGCUGCACUCAGUCGUGCACUUGCUAUGGCUGAAGGUGCUGAAAAACAUGCUAGACUUCAAGCGGUUAUGUGUAUUAUUAGCACUAUUAUGGAGUCCUGCCCUUCAACUUCUAGUUUCUACAGCACUGCAGCGGCUAAAACUCAACACAAUGGCAUGAAUAAUAUUAUUAGGCUUUUCCUCAAGAAAGGCCUGGUCAACGAUUUGGCUCGAGUACCCCAUAGCUUAGAUUUAUCAAGUCCCAAUAUGGCAAAUACAGUGAAUGCUGCCUUAAAACCACUUGAAACACUAUCUCGCAUUGUAAACCAGCCAAGCAGUUUAUUCGGAGGCAAAGGAGGCUCGAAUAAGAAUAAGACUGAGCAUGACACGGUGUGCACUGCAAGGGACAGUAACAGUAACACACAGGACCAAAGUGAAUCAGGUGAGACAGAGCCAGUAGUUGGAAAUCGUGUCACAGGACCAGAUAGUGACCUCAUGGAUGGUGAGACUGAAGGAGAUACAGUUGUAAUUGCUGGUCAGCCCGAAGUUCUUAGUACUCAAGCUAUGCAGGUAGAGAACGAGUUGGUGGAUCUAAUUGAUGAGCUGUUGGAAAGGGAUUCUGGCACUGUAAAUAGCACAAUUAUAGUGGGACAGAGUGGUGAAGAUGAAUCCCAGGAAGAUGUUUUGAUGGAUGAGGCUCCAUCUAAUAUUAGCCAAGCAUCUACUCUUCAGGCAAACCGUGAAGACUCAAUGAACAUCUUGGAACCAGAGGAUGAAGAGCAUACUCAGGAAGAAGACUCCAGUGGAAGUAAUGAUGAUGAAGACAGUCAGGAUGAGGAGGAAGAAGAGGAGGAGGAAGAAGAGGAGGACCAGGACGAUGAAGAGGGUGAUGAGGAUGAUGAUGACGAAGGUUCAGAGAUGGAGUUGGAUGAAGACUUUCCUGACAUUAAUGCCGCUCCUCACAUUCGGUUUGAGCGCUUUGACAGAGAUGAUGACCUCAUCAUCGAAUUUGACAACAUGUUUUCGAACAACGCUGACAUCCCCCCAUCCCCAGGCAACAUUCCUAGCUCACAUCCACUUAUGGUGCGCCACGCCGAUCAUGGCUCUCUGACUCUUGGCGUGGCAGGCUCCAGCAGCCGUUUGGCCCAGGGCAUGGGCCGCAGCCAAAGAACAUUGCGACAGUUGACUGCAAACAGCGGCCACACCAUCCAUGUCCACUAUCCCGGCAACCGCCAACCGAACCCUCCCCUCAUCCUGCAAAGAUUGUUGGGUCCCAGUGCAGCAGCCGACAUUUUGCAGUUGUCCAGUUCUCUUCCCCUGCAGUCUCGUGGCCGUGCGCGUUUGUUGGUUGGAAAUGAAGACGUGCAUAUUAUUGCUCGCUCAGAUGAUGAGUUGUUUGAUGAUUUUUUCCAUGAACAGAGUGGCACUGGUGGUCAAGCAGGCACUCUUUCAAGUAUACCCACUGCACUGACAAGAUGGACUGAUGAGUGUAAAGUUCUUGAUGCUGAAAGCAUGCACGAUUGUGUUGCUGUUGUCAAAAUCCCAAUUCUUCAGCAUUUAGAACAUCUACGUGAUGAAGAACUAGAAGAAAGAAGGGAAAAACGCAGGAGACAAAUGGCUGAAGAGGAAGAGUCUAAGCAGAAUGAAAGAAGAGCCUCUGGAGCAGAGCAGUCGAGAGAGCAGUGUCUGCAGGGCUCUGGACUGGGGGCAGUGAAUGGUGCAGACAACACUGCAGAAGGUGAGCAGGCUCAGGGUAGUGCAGUGACAUGUCUGGACCCCCCCAGAGUUGAAGGCUUUCUUACAGCGCCACCAUCUGGAGAGGUCACCCCUACCACUCCAGCUCCUCAUGAGCAGGCCUUGGUCUCCUUAGAAACUGCUAUAAGUCAGCAGGUGCACCAGCCAAUAGCUGACCUGUUGUUGGCAGAGUCUCAAGCCAGCUCCCUGGCUGCUUUGGCCGGGGCAGGCCUUGCCUCUUUGUCAGACAGGCAAAGCCAUGACAUGGAAGCAUCUCAGAUGGAAAUGUCCCCAGCGCCGACAAUCGCUUCUCUGAGUCCAGAUAUUGUUGAGUCAUCUGAGCCUGCAGCAGUGGGUGUGUCGCAGCUUGAAUUCUCUCCCAUGGAUACCAGCAGUCCUGGUUCUGCCACUCUGGAGGAGGUUUCUGCUGCUCCUCCACAAACGACCCAUCUCUCUCAGGAGCUUUCAGGGGAGAGUGGACUAACAGACAGACAGACAGAUGUUGAUACUGGCUCAACUUCGGUUUCCUCUCCUGGUGAAAACAUGCCAAGAAGUGAUAGUGCAGACAGCCAGACACAGGCAAUCCAAGAGGAACCUCUUCCAUCUACCAGCAAUGAAGAGGAGGAUCCACUUGCUGGUAUCAGUCUACCAGAAGGUGUGGACCCCUCUUUUUUGGCUGCACUUCCAGAGGACAUACGCAGAGAGGUUCUUCAAAACCAGCUGGGUAUCAGACCACCAUCUCGUCCGCCUGUUACUGCGACCCUGCCCUCUUCUACCACCCCUGUGCUGGGGGCACCAGGCAUUACGGAGGUUAGCCCUGAGUUUCUAGCUGCCUUGCCGCCGGCCAUCCAGGAGGAGGUUCUUGCUCAACAACGAGCAGAGCAGCAGCGGAGGGAGUUGUCCCAGCAGCCUCCACAGGGAGACACCCCUCUGGAUCCAGUCACAUUUAUCCAGACUCUCCCCUCUGAGCUGCGGCGUAGUGUGCUGGAGGACAUGGAGGACAGUGUGCUGGCAGUCAUGCCUCCUGAUAUCGCGGCAGAAGCGGCUGCUUUGCGUAGAGAACAGGAAGCACGACAGAGGCAGCUUAUGCAUGAGCGGCUUUUCGGUCACAGCUCAUCAUCAGCUCUGUCAGCCAUCUUGAGGUCACCUGCAUUUACAAGUCGUUUGGGCAGCAAUCGUGGAGUCCAGUACACUCGGCUGGCUGUACAGAGGGGAAGUACUUUUCAAAUGGCAGGGGGAACAAAUCACAGACCCUCUAGUUCUAAUGUGGACUCUUUACUGCGGCUACGUGGUCGGCUGUUGCUGGACCAUGAGGCUUUGUCCUGUCUGCUAGUGCUGCUCUUUGUAGAUGAACCUAAGUUGAACACAAGUCGCCUGCAUAGAGUGCUCAGAAACCUCUGCUAUCACUCUCAAACUCGCGGUUGGGUCAUCCGCAGCCUGCUGUCCAUUCUUCAGCGCAGCAGUGAGAGUGAAGUGUGUGUGGAGACAUCCCGCCUGGAAGACUCCCGUGGCAAAAGAAGCCUUCAGGGUGGUUGUGGUGGAAAAGUGGGGGGUUCCACAGGGUCCGGUGCAAUUGGGUCAGGGAUUGCUGGGACCACUGCAGGGGUGACCUGUGCAGGAGGCGGGGGCUCUACUGUUCAUAUUCAUCCACAGGCUGCACCUGUGGUCUGUCGACAUGUUCUGGAUACACUGAUUCAACUGGCCAAGGUGUUUCCUAUCCACUUCACGCAACAGCGCUGUAAAGACCUAUCGUCUUCAUUGGACCUAGACUCCCGUCUCUGCACAGGGCCAGGAAGUGGAAUUUCCACAGAUUUCUGGGACCUGUUGGUAAAGUUGGACAAUAUGAAUGUCAGCCGCAAAGGCAAAGCCUCCAUGAAGACUGUGCCUCUCGGAGGCAGUGCAGAGGCUGAAGGAGCUCAGCUAAGCCUGGAGACCUCUCCUUUGGGCCAAUUGAUGAACAUGUUGUCUCAUCCAGUCAUCAGAAGGAGCUCUCUUCUAACAGAAAAGUUACUGCGGCUGCUUUCCCUAAUAUCAAUUGCUCUGCCUGAUAACAAAGCAACAGAGGUGCCAGCCGCACACCCCACUCCACAGGCUGCCAACCCCAGUGUACCCAGCAACCCAGUAGCUACUGUUCCAGUCACUGCAGGGACCACAGUGUUGCCAGGCACGACGCAGGCCACAGUGACUCUGGCCAGUGCCUCUGCUGCAAUGUCAACCCAGACCUCAACUGCAGCCAUCAGCUUAGCGGCAUCCACACCCUCCACCACAAUCUCAAUACCCACAUCUACUGGAACCACUGUUUCAGGAAAAGCUAGGGGAAUAACCAGCUGCAUAGAGAGUGAGAAAAUGGCAUCUGCUGGGCUGACUGAGAAACAACUUCAACUAUCUGUAGAGGUGUUGACUUCUCAUUCAUGCUCAGAAGAAGGUCUAGAGGAUGCAGCAAAUAUUCUGCUACAGCUGUCCAGAGGGGACUGUAGCACCAGAGACACUGUAUUGAGACUGUUGCUCAGUGGAGCUAGACAUCUCGGAUACACUCUUUGUAAACAAAUUGGUACGUUAUUGGCUGAACUGAGGGAAUACAAUUUGGAACAACAAAGAAGAGCACACGCAGAUUCCCACUCCCCUGAUGCACCGCCUGAGGACUCCUCGCUGUCAGCAAGACUGAGGGGCAAGAUGACCAGCAGGUUCGACGGAGCAGAAAAUGUGGUCAUUGUUGCUGCUCAAAAGCGAACUCUUGGUGGUCGUGAGCUGCAGCUUCCUUGUAUGAGUUCGCUGACCUCAAAAACAUCAACACAGAAGUUUUUCCUAAGAGUUCUCCAAGUAAUAAUUCAGCUAAGAGAAGACACGCGGCGCGCAAACAAGAAGGCCAAACAGACUGGCCGAUUAGGUUCUUCGAGUCUGGGCUCAGCCAGCAGCAUCCAGGCAGCUGUGCGUCAGCUCGAGGCUGAAGCUGAUGCCAUCAUUCAAAUGGUGAGGGAGGGUCAGCGUGCACGUCGUCUCCAGCAGGCAGCGCCACCUUCUGCCUCUGCUGCUGUGUCUGUGGCAGCUGGAUCGUCUGUAACAACUGGCCAUGCUCCUGCUGGUGCUGCUCCCCCUGCUGGCACUGCUGCCACGUCUGAUGCCGCAGCUGCAUCGGAUUCUCAGGCAGCCCAAAGAGAUGAUUCGCCCAUGGAUGUCGACCAGCCCUCCCCUCUGGAGCAGGACCCUGCACCGCUGGAUGAAGAUGGAAAUAGCCUUGGGGAAGUGGAAGACAGGCUUCCAGACCUUCCACUCCUCAGUGAGCAGCUGUUGUUGGAUGAGCUUUGGGACAUGCUCGGGGAGUGCCUCAAAGAAUUGGAAGAGUCUCAUGACCAGCAUGCUGUCCUGGUUCUCCAGCCUGCUGUGGAAGCCUUCUUUUUGGUCCAUGCUACAGAGCGGGAAAGCAAACCUCCAGUGCGUGACACACGAGAGAGCCAGCUGUCGCACAUCAAAGAUGAGCCCCCGCCACUGUCCCCCGCCCCUCUUACUCCUGCCACACCCUCUUCGCUUGAUCCCUUCUUCUCUCGAGAACCAUCUUCCAUGCAUAUCUCUUCUAACUUGCCCCCAGACACACAGAAGUUUCUUCGCUUUGCAGAAACUCACCGCACAGUCCUUAACCAGAUCUUACGACAAUCUACUACUCAUUUGGCCGAUGGCCCUUUUGCGGUUCUGGUUGACUACAUUCGAAUUCUGGACUUUGAUGUGAAGCGAAAAUACUUCCGUCAGGAGCUGGAGCGACUAGAUGAGGGCUUGAGGAAGGAGGACAUGGCAGUGCACGUAAGAAGAGAUCAUGUAUUUGAGGACUCCUACAGAGAGCUGCAUCGCAAAAGUCCUGAAGACAUGAAGAACAGGCUGUACAUUGUUUUCGAAGGAGAGGAAGGCCAGGAUGCGGGUGGCCUUUUGAGGGAAUGGUACAUGAUUAUUUCCAGGGAGAUGUUCAAUCCAAUGUAUGCCCUUUUCCGGACGUCACCUGGCGACCGUGUCACCUACACUAUCAACCCAUCAUCUCAUUGCAACCCAAACCACCUCAGUUACUUCAAGUUUGUGGGUCGUGUGGUGGCCAAGGCUGUGUAUGACAACCGCUUGCUGGAGUGUUACUUUACACGCAGCUUCUAUAAGCACAUCCUGGGAAAAAGUGUCAGGUACACCGACAUGGAGAGUGAGGACUAUCCAUUCUUCCAGGGCUUGGUGUACCUGUUGGAGAAUGAUGUCUCCACACUGGGCUAUGAGCUGACAUUCAGCACAGAGGUUCAAGAGUUUGGGGUAUGUGAAGUCAGAGAUCUCAAACCGAAUGGCGCCAACAUCAUUGUCACAGAAGAAAACAAGAAGGAGUAUGUCCACCUCGUGUGUCAGAUGAAGAUGACCGGUGCAAUCCGGAAACAGCUUGCAGCUUUUCUUGAAGGCUUUUAUGAAAUCAUUCCCAAGAGACUGAUCUCAAUCUUCACUGAACAAGAGCUGGAGCUGCUCAUCUCAGGCCUGCCAACCAUUGACAUUGACGACCUCAAGGCCAAUACAGAAUACCACAAGUACCAGUCCAGCUCCAUCCAGAUCCAAUGGUUCUGGAGGGCUCUCCGCUCAUUUGAUCAGGCGGAUCGGGCCAAGUUCCUGCAGUUUGUGACUGGCACAUCUAAAGUGCCUUUGCAAGGCUUUGCUGCGCUGGAGGGGAUGAAUGGGAUCCAGAAGUUUCAAAUUCACAGAGAUGAUCGAUCUACUGACCGCCUGCCGUCUGCUCACACCUGCUUUAACCAGUUGGACCUUCCGGCUUAUGAGAGCUAUGAGAAAUUAAGACACAUGCUGCUAAUGGCCAUCCAGGAGUGUUCUGAAGGCUUUGGACUGGCUUAA